CACCAUCAACCUGGCAGUGCCACCAAUAGCCCUGUGAGUCCUGGUAGUCCCGGUAGCGGCACAACAUUGUUUAGUCGUAUUGGGAGCGUGAAAUGGUGAGGAGGAGGAGGGAAAGGGGGAGUAGUUCUACUCCGUCAGAGGUGAUUAUGAUUGGUAGAUCUGACUUUUGAGGCGAAUUAUCAACAACAAGACGCGGAGAUGAUGGAUAUCACUCCCCGCUGUAGACCAGAGAGCCAAGCCUUCUCUCUUUCCAACCUCAUCCUCAGACGACAGUGGUCGCCACUCCCCCACACCACACCACAUCCCAACGAAAGUCGCAAAACAAGGCCAGCGGAUCUAGCCAGCAACACCAGAAUUGGUUGUUUUUCCGUUCGCUCUCGGCAACUCAAUCGCAUUCUACCUCUGUCUCUGGGUCCCCAGCUAGCACUACCGCUAGAACCCGCCCCCGUUCUCGUCUCGAGUCUUCUGGUGCCGGCGCUGGUAGCAGAAGCACAUUUGGAGACCAAGCUUGGUUGGGCGUUGCAGUUGCUAUGUCGUAAAGGGUAA